GACGACCAGCUGGCGUCUAGAUCAGCUGGAGGAGUUCUUUCUGCGGGAGGAUUUCACAGAUGAUGAUGAUGAUAAACUUAAUUUCGCUCAAAGGCUCAAAGCUUCAUGGAAGGUGAAGCUAUGUUGUGGUUCCAGUGGAGACAAUCAUUGUGGUUGUUCAACAGUUGGGAGGCACUGAAGAAAUCUUUAUGGUUGCGAAGCGUUGAAGAUCCGGAGAACAUAAAGUACAAUACAGAAACUCAGAGAAGCUUAGAACAGUUGCAAAGCUUACGUCCUUGGAAUGAAUCAAAAGUCAAAGGCGUUUCUGAAUGUUCCAGUACUCAUCCUCAGGUAACUAUACCACUUGGAAUUGAUGAUUUGAAGACAGAAUCGUUAGGUUACCGGAGCUCUGUUGAGGUUAACCAGAUUGGUGAUGGAAAAGUUAAGAAUAGUGAGUUACCGAAUUUUGAUGGUUUCAUGCCUUAUGGUUGGAUUUGUCGUGUAUAGAGAUUGUGAAGCAGCUAAGCUUGUCUUGGUGUCUGAGAGCCUAGAAGGAGAUGGAUUAGAUUGGUACAAUGAAGAAAGGUCCAAAGAAUGGUCAAAAUUUUAAGAAGUGAUUACUUGCUCACUUUGCUGCAGUCAGAUGUGAUACUGCCCAAGGAAACAGUAUCUACGAGUGCUAAGAAGACAGAACUUGGUUGUGUGAAAGCAUCACCUCACACCUCGACAGAUAUUCUCAGCAACAAAGUGGUACAUGACACGAGUUGUGAACAAGAAGCUAUACCAACCUCAGAGAAAUCUCAUGUUAUGGACGUUCCUGCAUCACAUAUACAUGCUUGUCUGCCAUCAGUUCAGAGAGUACAGAUACGUGUCUCAGUGUACAACUGGAAUCAAAUUCUGGUGUUGUUGAUGUGUUAC